AUGAGUACAACAGUUUUUGUUGGUCUUAGUUUAGCUGCAAUUGGAUAUACUGGACGUUAUCUUGCACGAUAUGGAAAGUUAAUUACUGAAAAUUUAAUGAAAACAAGUAGUAUUAUUGCAGAAGGACUUUCAUCGAAAUAUUAUAAAGGUGGUUUUGAUGCAAAAAUGAAUCGACGUGAAGCUGCACUUGUAUUAGGUGUUAGUCCAACAAUGAGUAAAACACGAAUACGUGAUGCUUAUAGACGAUUAAUUAUUCUUAAUCAUCCUGAUCGAGGUGGAUCACCAUAUAUUGCUGCUAAGAUUAACGAAGCAAAAGAAUUAUUUGAAAGUGGAGCUAAAUAA